GUUGAGUUGAUGCACAGAUGCACCCAGACACAGUCAGACACACACACACACACACACACACACAUCCACACAGCAGGCACGGUGUGUUCCUGCCUCACACACGGCUCGAAAGUCUACAUAAAGGGCCAUGUGAUGCGAGGGCGAGGCGAGGCAGUAUUGGCAAGUGGGUGCUAGUUGUCGGCGUCAUCGUUGGCGAAUUCCAGUCUCUUGCCGUCGGCCCACUCGCCCUUCCUUGAUACACCUGAUUGAUUGAUGCGAUCGGUGGAUGCGUCAGUGUCAGUCAACGCAUUCAUUCGUACGGCAGGCGAGACAGACACACUCAGAUGAGUGAGAUGCGGGAGGGAAGGUGCGUCCGUCCAAACGUUUUUAUUUACCUUUAGCGUUGGUGUAUGUGCCUUUGCCAUGCUGCUUGCCGUCCUUCCACUCGCCCUGAAACACCAGCCAGCCAGCGCCAGCCACAUGCCUACAGUCUGACUGUCUCCUUUGAGUGAGUCCCCUGUCUGCCUGACCUGGUAGCAGCGUCCGUCAGCCCACGAGAACUUGCCGAAUCCGUGUUUCUUGUCUUCGUGGUACUGACCCUCGUACGACCGGCCGUCGGGCCAAUGCAUCAACCCCCUGCCGUGCAUGUGGUUCCGAGCCCACUGCACACACACGACAGACAAGAAAACCAAACCGUGUGGUCGGCUGGGCUGUCUGGUCUGGAUGUGUGUGGGUAGCUUAGCUUAGCUUGGCUUACCUGUCCCUCGUAGCACCGUCCGUCGGCCCAUUUGUAGGUGCCUUGUCCGUGGAUGUCGUUGUCCAUGAAGUGGCCCUCGUAGGUGGAGCCCUCCGCCCAUGUGAACACCCCCUCGCCGUGCUUUUUGCUGCCCCUGCAGUGCACUCAUUGAAUGCAGUGCACAGUGAGUGAGCCAAGCCAAACCGUGUGUAUGUGGAUGUGUAUAUGUGUGUGUGUGUGUCUCUCCUGUCCAUGUAUGACUACUUGUAGUAUCCCUUGAAUGUCGAUCCGUCGGCCCAUUUCUCGAUGCCAUAGCCUUCCUGCAUGUCCUCUACCCAGUCUCCCUCGUAGCUGCAUCCCACCCACACAGGAAGGCACCAGGCACACAACAUGUCGAGACACUCACGUUCUUUCUUCUCUCUCUUGCAUCAAUUGCCUGUCUCUCUCGUUGGUUGCACGUUUGUCUUGCUUACCUGGAUCCGUCAGCAUGUGUGAAUGUGCCCUUGCCGUGUGCCCGGUCGUCCUUCCACGCGCCCUCGUAAAUGUCGCCGUUGUUGUGAGUGAACUUACCCUGGCCCUGCAGUAUACCAGAGACAAGCACGGGACUCAGUGAGUGAGUGAGUGAGUCGUCUCUCCAUUUGUUAACAGAUCAUUGACAAUCUCACUCACAUUGGCCCGAUUGUUUCUGAAUUCUCCCUCGUAUUUGCCUCCGUCGGGUCUCUCGAGGACGCCGUAGCCGUCACGCACAUCACCAAGCCACUCGCCCUCGUACUUGACGCCCCCUGAUUGCAAUGCACCAGUACGUCAGCACUCUCCCGGCCCGCCUGCUGCAUGUCCUGGUACAUGUGAUUGAUGUCCAUCCACUGACUGACCUUCGAGGACGACGAGUGGUCGUUUAUCCCUGGCGUGCGGGUAUGGUUCGCCUUUGAGUGUGGAGGCGGGCUGGGUCUCGUUAGGAUGUGGCGCCUCCUUCUCGGUGAAGAGCUCGAUCUUCUGCUCGUGGGACGUGUCGGGCUGGAAACACGCACACUGACCCAUGAUUGACGCCACGCCAAACAGGCUGUUUUUUUC